CGGUCGCCGUCGGCAUGAUUAUUUCAGAGCAUCUCCCCGAAAUCCUCGUCGCCUUUGCCGUGGUCGUAUUCUUCCACCUCCGCCGGCUGGCCAACAAGCGAAACCAGCAGCAGGAUACUAACAUUGUCCCCGAAAUCCCCGGUGCCCUGCCUCUGGUCGGCCACCUCCACCUCCUGAGGGGCAACCAGAUCCUGGCGCGGAAGCUGGCCUCCUUCGCCGACAAGUACGGCGCCGUCUUCACCGUCCGCCUCGGCGCCAACAACCCGACCGUCGUGGUCAGCGACUACGACGACGUCAAGGACUGCUUCACCACCCACGACCGGAUCCUCGCCUUCCGGCCGGACUCCAGCCACGCCAAGAUCCUCGGCUACAACUACGCCGGCAUCGGAUUCGCGCCUUACGGCACCUACCUCCGCGAAAUCAGGAAGCUGCUCACCACCCAGCUCCUCUCCGUCCAUCGGAUCAAGGCCCUCGCCCACGUCCAGAUCUCCGAGAUCCAUUUCCUCAUCGCCGACCUCUACCAGCAGAGCACCGGCGGAGGCGGAAACGAUGAUAAGGCCACCAAUGUUGUUGUGAUCGGGGAGGUAGUCCAGAGCACGGUGAUCAACAUAAUUACUCGGAUGAUCGCCGGGAAGCGGUAUGGAUACUACGACAAGGAAUCUUCGGGGCAGGGGAGGCCAAUUGGUCAGGUUCUGAGUGACAUUGUAGUGCUCACCGGUACGCUCGUCCCUUCCGACUCGAUUCCGAUCCUCGGGUGGCUCGGGUUGUUCCAGGGAGCUGUGAAGGACAUGAAACGGGUGAGCAAAGAGAUGGAUGCCAUCAUGGAAACCUGGAUCGACGAGCACAAGGACGAGAGGAAGAAGAAGAAGAACAAAGUCGAUGCAAAUCCCGACCUUAUCCACAUGAUGCUCUCGGAAUUUAAAGACCAACUCUUCCACGGCCACCAGCGAGAGAAUGUCAUCAAGGCCACCAUUCUGUCUGUAGUCGUGGCAGGGACCGACACAACAUGGAUUACAGUGACGUGGAUCCUAUCGAACUUGCUGAACCACAAGUCGGUAUUAAGGCUGGCUCAAGAGGAAAUCGACAAUAAAGUUGGGAAAGAUCGAUGGGCGGACGAGUCCGACAUUCAAAAUCUGACGUAUCUGAGAGCCGUGAUUAAGGAGACCAUGCGGAUGUAUCCGGUGGGUCCACUUUCGGUGCCCCGAAAAGCGUCGGAGGACUUUGUGAUCGGAGGGUCCCGCCGUGUUCCCAAGGGGACCUGGUUCAUGGCCAACUUCUGGAAGCUGCACAGGGAUCCGAGGCUGUGGUCCGAUCCAGACGAGUACAAGCCGGAGAGGUUCCUGAAUGCCGACGCCAACCGGGAGGUGUUCGGGCAGCAGUUCGAGUACCUCCCGUUUGGGUCGGGCAGGCGCGGUUGCCCCGGGAUUAAUUUUGGAAUGCAGAUGACCGAAUUGGUUUUGGCCAGACUGCUCCAAGGGUUUGAUUGGACUACUCCGGGAGAUAAGCCCGUGGACAUGAGUGAAGUGUCCGGGAUCACACUUCCCAAAGCCAUCCCGCUAGAGGUGGUUCUCAACCCACGCCUUUCUCCUCAACUUUACACAAAAUAGCUAGAUAAAUUUUUAGACAACUUUGUUCUUUGUUUAACCGGGGGUUAAUUGCACAGGUUGCCACUUAAGUUCACCAUUUGUUGCAUGAUGACCACCCAAGUACGUUUUGUUGCAACUAAACCACUUAUAUUAAAUUCCGGUAGCACCGUUAUCAUUUCCGUCUCCAUGACUAAUGAUAGGUGUAGAAAUGUAAAUAACCAUGCCAACUCGGACUGCCAUGUCAACGGCAGACUACUGACUCAUGUUUGACCCAACCCCACUUAAUUCCAACAAAUGACCCACUCUCUCCCAAAAAAGUCAUCCGACCCAUUCCUCCUUCUCCUUCCUUUCCACCCCAAACCUUCCUCUUAUCAAACCAGCAACCAAAAUCUUUGUUUUCAAUAAUUUCCUUCUUCUACUUCAUUUGUACUAUGUAUAAAUAAUUGUUCGGUUUUCUUGUUCAUCUUUUUGCUUCACUCUCAGAGCUUGAUGGUUAGAAAUGAAGCAGC